ACAAUUUUUUGAUAUUACAGAAAAGUCUACUAAAGUAAAAAGCUACUUUUAAACUGUUUUGAUAAGUCGAAGAAAAAUUUAAGUUUGAUUUGUUUGACCUUUAAAAAUGACCUUAACUUUAAGUAGUCAAUAGGAUCUUUAAUGCGCAUGCGUAUAUUUUCCGUCAAAUAGCAUUUGGCGCGCUGAUAACCACGAUUUGCUGAUCACGAUGAAAUUAUUUCUUUUAGUCGUUCAACAGAUACCAAACAUUCCCCACGUUCCUAAAAGUGUUCGCUGUGUUUGUUAAUUUUCUUUCGAAUAAGAUGUCCAAUCACGAUUUAGUAACAAAUAGGAAAAUGGCUCGUCAAAAUGGAAUUGUACAACCAUUACUUACAGAUUUAUACCAAAUAACUAUGGCCUAUGCUUAUUGGAAAUCUGGAAAAGUGAAUGAUGUAGCUGUGUUUGAUUUAUUUUUUCGCACCAAUCCAUUUCAGGGAGAAUUCACAAUAUUUGCUGGCCUCGAAGAGUGCCUUAAAUUUUUAGACAAUUUUCAUUAUUCAGACAGCGAUAUUGAUUAUUUAAUACAAACAUUACCAGAUAAUAUAGAACCAGAGUUCUUUGCCUAUUUAAAAGAUUUAACAUGCAAGGAUAUUAAAUUGAGUGCUAUAGAAGAGGGGUCUGUUGUAUUUCCGAGAGUCCCUCUGUUGCGAAUAGAAGGUCCAUUAAUAGUAGCACAGUUGUUAGAGACAACUUUACUGACCCUGGUCAACUUUGCAAGUUUAAUGGCUACAAACGCGGCGCGUUACAGAAUGGUCGCCGGCAAGAAUGUUUCCUUGCUAGAGUUCGGCUUACGCAGAGCUCAGGGUCCGGACGGCGGCUUGUCCGCCUCAAAAUACGCCUAUGUCGGUGGGUUUGACGGUACGAGCAACGUGCUGGCCGGCAAGAUGUUCAACAUCCCGGUGAAGGGCACUCACGCGCACUCGUUCGUGACGUCAUUCAGCACGCUGGAGGACAUCAGCAGUGUGACGCUGCGACACGCGGACACGCAGGAGCAGUGCGACCUGCUGCAGCUGGCAGUGGACUGGCGCCGGCGCAUCUCCUCCAUAGUGGACGUGUCCCCCGAGGAGGCCAGCGACGGUGAACUCGCCGCCCUCGUAUCCUAUGCCAUCGCCUUCCCCACCGGCUUCCUCGCCCUGGUGGAUACAUAUGACGUGAAGAGGUACACUUGCCCCGGCCCUCGUAUAAACGGGCAUUCCGGCUACAAUAGCAACUGUGGAUCCAAUGUCGAUAGAAUAACCGACUCUUCAGGUGUACGUAGCGCGUACGGAUAUAGCACGGUCGAACGCACACUGAGGAGUGGUCUCUUAAACUUUUGUGCUGUGGCUCUGGCGCUCAAUGAUUGUGGAUACAGAGCUGUAGGUAUUCGUAUAGACAGCGGAGACUUGGCUUACCUUUCUGUACUAGCUAGGAGUACAUUCGAACAAAUCGCUGAAGCUUUCAAACUGAAAUGGUUUUCUAAAUUGACUAUAGUCGCAUCAAAUGAUAUUAACGAAGAUACAAUACUCAGUUUAAAUGAACAGGGACAUAAAAUUGACUGUUUCGGUAUUGGAACACAUUUGGUAACAUGUCAACGUCAACCAGCACUGGGAUGUGUUUACAAACUGGUGGAAAUCAAUGGACAGCCUCGGAUCAAACUCAGCCAGGAUGUAGGGAAAGUGACCAUACCUGGUCAUAAAGAGGCGUAUAGAUUAUUCGGUGCGGACGGCCAUGCUUUGAUAGAUCUGCUGCAGAGGUCUUCAGAACCCGCACCCAUUAUUGGACAGAAAGUCCUUUGCCGACAUCCUUUCCAGGAGUCCAAGAGAGCUUACGUCAUUCCCAGCAAAGUCGAACAUCUGUAUAAGGAGUACUGGAGCGAGGGACGUAUCUGCGUACGUCCUAAACCGCUGAGUGAAGUGCGCGCGCGCGUUCAGGCUUCUCUGCGUACACUGAGGCAGGACAUCAAGAGGAACCUCAACCCAACGCCCUACAAGGUCAGAUGCCAGGUGGCAGUGAGUGAUGACCUUUACAGCUUCAUCCACGACCUGUGGCUGCAAAAUGCACCCAUUGGUGAACUAUCGUGAAAUUUACACAAAAAACGAAGGAUAAGUCUCGAAGCAACAUAAGAAAAUAAAAAUUGUAAAAAAAAAUGCAAAUAAAAAUAUUGAUAAACUUCGUUUUUGAACAUAGUUUUAGUUCGGGGGCUGUGUUUUAUUUCUACUUUUAAAUUUAUUAAAUGG